AUGGCCAUACCUUCUGUUUCUGGUAAUACAGUUUUGGAAUGUGUUCCCUCUCUUUGCCCUCAUGCAGCUACCCUGAUAAAUGCAGAUAUCACAAUGGAAAAUAAGUCCUCCAGUGAGUCCCACGUGGAUGGAGAUGCCAUGACUAUGACCUGUGGUAACAAGUUGCCUGUAAAUAGAGAACAGGACUUUCUCGAAGUUCGGGAUGAAUUGCCCUGUGAGAGUGAGUUGGACAACAGAGAAGUGACCGCAGAUGAGAGGAAUUGGAUCCGCCCUGAUUUGCCCAGCAGAUGUACUUGGAGACUGGGAGCACCUAUUUCAGAGUCACCUCACAGCCAACCAGAACACAUCAAGGCCCCCAAAAUCCUUCCCAACAUCCUCGGGAAAAUUGGGGACACACCUCUGGUUCGUUUGAACCAAAAAAAACUUUCAUGUAGUCCCUUGGCCAAGUGUGAGUUCUUCAAUGCAGCAGGCAGCGUGAAAGACAGGAUCGCCCUGCGGAUGGUGGAAGAUGCUGAGAGAGCCGGGAUCCUCAAACCAGGAGACACCAUCAUUGAGCCCACCUCUGGCAACACAGGUAUUGGCCUCGCUCUGACUGCUGCAGUGAAAGGUUACCGCUGCAUUAUUACCAUGCCUGAGAAGAUGAGCUUGGAGAAGGUGAAUGUUUUGAGAGCUCUUGGGGCAGAAACAGUGCGUACACCUACUUCUGCAGCCUUUGACUCACCAGAAUCCCAUGUGGGUGAGGCGUGGCAUCUAAAGAAUGAAAUCAGCAACUCGCACAUCCUCGACCAGUAUCGUAAUGCCAGCAACCCUAUGGCUCACUAUGAUACUACAGCUGAGGAGAUAUUGGAGCAGUGUGAUGGUAAACUGGACAUGUUGGUGGCUGGAGCUGGCACAGGUGGUACACUCACUGGUGUUGCUCGGAAGUUGAAGGAGAAGUGCCCCAAUAUUAAGAUAGUUGCUGUUGAUCCUGAGGGCUCCGUUCUGGUUGGAUCAGAAGACAAGAAUGAAAAAAAGAUUUUGUUUGAAGUGGAAGGCAUCGGAUACGACUUUAUCCCCACAGUGCUGGACAGAUCUCUUGUUGACAUGUGGUAUAAAUCAACGGAUAAGGAGAUGUUUACCAUGUCACGCAAACUCAUCAGAGACAAGGGUCUUUUGUGUGGUGGCAGCUCCGGCUCAGCUAUGGCAGCAGCAGUAAAGAUGGCUCAGCAGCUUGAGGAGGGCCAACGCUGUGUGGUCAUCUUGGCUGACUCUGUCCGCAACUACAUGUCAAAGUUCCUGAGUGACCAGUGGAUGUGUGAGAAGGGCUUCAUAAGCCCGGAGCCUCCCGUCGGCUUCAAACCCUGGUGGUGGAACUUGACUGUCCGGUGUCUACAUCUGUCUGUCCCCCUCACUGUCUUACCAUCUGUGUCCUGCCAGAAAACCAUUAAGAUCCUGAAGGAGAAAGCAUUUGACCAGGCCCCAGUUGUCGAUGAGUCAGGUGGGAUUCAGGGCGUGGUGACUCUGGGGUCCAUUCUGACCUCUGUGUUGUCUGGGAAGGUAAAACCCUCAGAUGCUGUCAGCAAGGUGCUCUGCAAGCAUUUCAAACAGGUGCACCUGACAGACAACCUGGAGGAGCUGUCCCAUAUCCUCAAAACAGACGACUUUGCCCUGGUGGUAUAUGAUCAUACCCAGUAUAAGGCUGAUGGGCCGGCAUACCAGAGACAGAUGUUAUUUGCCGUUGUGACAGCGAUCGACCUUCUCAACUUCAUCACCGUACGUGAUAGGGAGGAUCAAUCAUCAUCUGAAUGCUCGCUGAUGGACGACGCAUCUCUGUGA